UAUCGAAUAAGUGGUUCGCUUUUGUAGAGUAGUCUUCGAUUUUGUGUGCAUGAAGAAGGGUUCUGGUUCUGCGGUCUCCCGCCUCCUCUCGCCUUCUUCCCUUCCGCACGGUGCUCACCAACUCGAAUCCCUCCGCCUUUUUCUCAGUCGCGCGCAGCGCCGAUGCGCCGCCCUCUCCGCCGAUGCGUUCCCACCCUUCCUCGCCGCUUGCCGCUCCUUCCCCUCCCUUGCCCGCCAAAUCCACGCCCUCGCGCUCAAGUCCGCCGCCGACCUCCACCCCGCCACCGCCACCGCCCUCCUGGAUCUCUACGGCAGACGCGGCCUCCUCCGCGACGCCCUCCGCGUGUUCGACGAAAUGCCCCUCCGGGACCCGAUCGCCUGGAACGCCCUCCUCUCCUGCUUCCUCCGCCAAGGCCUCGCCGCCGACGCCCUCUCGACCUUCCGCAGAAUGACGGAGGACGGAGUCGCAUUCACCGGCGUCACGCUGUCCGCCGCCCUGAAAGCUUGCGCAUCGCUUCGCGCGGUUCGGCUGGGCAAGCAGAUCCACGCUCGGGCUAUCCGCGAAGGCGAUGACUCCCUCAUCACGUCCACCUCUCUCAUCGACUUCUACUCUGCCUGCGGCUUGAUUCAGAACGCGUUCGAUGUGUUCGCCGGAGUCGAUUGCGACAAGGACGCUGCCAUCCACAAUUCUUUGAUCAGUGCGUGCGUCAAGAACAGGCGGUUCGAGGAAGCAUUCUCGAUUUUAGGAUCGGCGACGCCCAAUGCAGUCGCGCUCACUUGUGCUUUCUCUGUAUGCUCUCGGUCUUCAAAUCCGCACUACGGAAAGCAGGCGCAUUGUGCAGCAAUCCGUCACGGAUUCGAUUCCGAUACCACCUUGUGCAAUGCGAUCGUGGAUAUGUACGCCAAGUGUGGGGAACUAUCUUCUGCCCGUCUCGCCUUCGAACGGAUUCAUCGCAAGAACGUCGUUUCCUGGACGAGCAUCAUCGAAGCCUAUGGCAGUCAUGGGCACGGUGUCGAAGCUUGGAACUUGUUUAAGAAGAUGGAAGAGGAAGAAUCGAGCAAUGGACUUUCGCCGAAUGCCGUCACGUUCCUUUCGGUUUUGUCUGCCUGUGGACACUCAGGCUUGGUGGACGAAGGGCGGGAGAGCUUCUUCGCGAUGAGAAACAAGUACGGGAUCGAUCCAGGACCCGAGCAUUGUUCUAGUUUCAUCGACCUGUUAGGUCGGGCAGGUCGAAUCGAGGAGGUAUGGCAUCUUUAUGGCGAACUAAGGAGGAGGAGUUCGAAGAAGCUCACGAAUGCUGUCUGUGUAGCUAUGCUGAAUGCUUGCAGAGCUAGCAUGGAUUUAGCGAGAGGCGAGCAGGUGGCCGAGCAUCUUCUAGAGUUAGGUGACAGUAAUCCUGCAAGUUACAUACUUCUCUCGAACUUUUAUGCUGCUGCCGGGAAGUGGGAGAGAGCGGAGAGCUUAAGAAGGGCGAUGAGGAAUAGACAGUUGAAAAAGGAGGUAGGCAAUAGCCAGUUUGUUUGAUGUCAUGAGUUGCAGUUGAAAUCGGAUGAUGGCUAGAUCUUAUUUUAAUUGUAUUUCUAGUCGGUUUAAUGUUUUUUUAAUCUUUGUACUUGUAGCUAUAGUAUAGCUGGAAGUAAAUGUAAUGUCACAUUCUAUAGCAUUUCAGAAUCAUGCAGACCCGGUGCAAUUGAGGUUUUCAACUCAUCUUAAAUCAAGUAACUUCG